GGCUCAACAUGGUACAGUUGUCGAUUAGCAAAAUUUGCUGGUGUGUGCUAUGCUUCCAUAUACCGUUCACUGUAGCAAAAGGUUUUUCAAAGCAAAAGCCGGACUAUGAUUGGCGAGCGCAAGACACUCCCCUUGAAGACUCGCUCUGCAAGGAACCCACGUUUAGCGCAAAUCUUCCCGAAAACAUGCGCAAGGAGAUCCAUUCCAUAUGGAAGGCUCAGAACAGCAAUGAAGAUUGCUUUGAGAAGAUAUCUAAAACCAGAAAAAUUCUGGCCCAGUUGAGUCCUAGCAAACGACGCAAGCUGCUGAACGGAGCUAGGCAGUGCAAGCCACCAGACAUAGUCAAGACGCUCCCAGACCCACUCCGCGCGAGAAUCCUUGAUAUAUGGAAGCAACGAGAUCCGAGUGGGAAUUGCUGGGAACAGCAGAGGAAGACUAGGCUGCUUCUACUCAACUUGCCUCUUUCCAUAAGGAGGCGUCUUCACCCAGCAGCAAUGGAAUGCGCUCUUCCUCACUUCAUUGAUCGACUCGAGUGGGAUCUCCAGGUGAAGCUGAGAAAUCUCUGGGCCGACUACAAGAAAGGAGAGCCGUGCACGAAUGUGUGUUGUACGUGACGAAACAACUGCGUCUACUGCAAGAACACGACAUCUCCCUGCAGUCGUUCGACAUGCCACCGAUCGGAUUGUUUCGCAGAUUCCAGCUGAUCCACAAGCUGAGGCGAUCGAAUACUGCCUGAAUCUCUUCGUUUUGCCUUUGUUUCAACAAUUGCGCCUUGAGUUUACAUACCGCGGCUUUCAAAGGCAAAACAGUGCGGAUCUUUUCUUGGAUUAUUACACAGACACAUGACGCUUAUUCACUGUCAAAUAUCUACUACAGUAUCCUUUACAGUUUAAGAAAAAGGAAAGCUCCCAAAUUUCCGGUGUUCGUGCCUCAAUUUUCUAGCU